UGGCAUGAAGACUUUAACAACUCCUUAGGAAACUCCCGACGCAUAUGCAGUCUAGUCCGCAGCGAUUAAACGCCCACUUUGUUCCUAAUUGCAGCUAAUCCACAAGCCAACCACACAGAAAGACUCGUGGCGAUGUAAAUAGGAUAGGCGCCAGACGCUGACUAAUUGAAUCGCGCAACAUCGCGUUCGAAAACAACGCCCCGCGAAGCUUCUUCCAUCGCCUCCCGCCGACGCGCAUCUCGAACACCAAACUCCGCUGCGAGCCUCUCACUUUCGCUGCCCUUCUUUCCAAACACUGAGCUCGUACCGAAUAUACAGCUAGAUUCGUCUUCGUCGUUCCCCUCAUAUCCCGCUCGAAGAUGACUGCACGAUUACGGACGCCGUUUCAGUCUCUCUCGGCGGAUAAUUUUAUCUCUAGAGGUUCAGCCGGACAGGUUUUCGCCAUCAGCCGGAAUGUUGUCUUCAAGUGUCCAACACUCUUCGAUAAUCCUGUGCGGGCGCAAGCAGAAGAAAUGAAAGAGAGCAUCAAGAGGCUGGAAAACGAAAAGGCCAUAUACCAGAUUCUGAUGGAACAUUGGCAUCCCAAUAUUGUCUGUGCCCUACUCUGCGUUCCGGAGGGCAUUUUUCUACAUCGGCAGGAAAUGACUCUUGAGACUCGUAUUGAGAGAUCCCCGAUGUCAGCCAUUAGUCCAAGCACGCAAGAGCGGUGGAUCCAACAAAUCACCAGUGCCCUAGCCUGGAUUGAGCAUCUUGGUUAUGCCCACGGGGAUCUUCGGCCGGCAAACAUAUUUCUUGGCACUAGGGAAGAAGUCAGACUCGGGGAUUUCGAUGCAACCGUUAAGAGGGGCGAACAGCUUGUGGUGGCGAGCGAGCCGUUUUGCAAGAUGAAUGAAGACUACGAGCCUCCCUUGGCCGGCCCGCUCAGUGAGCAAUUCUCACUGGCAUCUUGCAUUUACACCAUCCGAUUUGGGCAUAAACCCUUCCACGAUAUUGAGGCGCCUAUCAGAGUUCGACGACUCAUAAUGAAUCAAUUCCCUUCGACCGCAGGUGAUGUUAUCUUCGGCGACUUGACACAGAAAUGUUGGCACGGCGGUUACCAUUCAGUUGAGGCGGUGGAACACGAAGUUAUAUCUCUGUUGGAGAAGCACACAGACGUAGAAGGACAUCUAGAAAGUGACACGCUGGUUUUGGAUGACAUCAAAGCACAAUGUACCGAAUUUCUGGAAAAGGAGUCUGCUGGAAGCAUACCAUAGGGUUUGUAUAUCUAGACAAGACCAAUCGUCCCAUAUCGAGCAGCUUCGUUUCCAUGAUUCCAAUCAGAGACGGGAGAGAUUCAAUGACUCCACCGCA